UUGCAGUUUGACAGCAUUUCUUUCCAGGUUGGAUUCACCCUGCUAUUCAACCUGGAAUGUCUGAUCAAGAUUGUCUGUUACGGGUUCAGAAAUUUCCUGCGAAGAGGAAUUUUCAAAUUUGAAUUGAUUUUAUGCAUUGGCAGCUCGUUGAAUGCCAUCAAAUAUUUUUAUGAUAGGAACUAUUUCACCUACUUUCAAGCAUUUCGUCUUCUUCGACUGAUAAAGGCAUCUCCUAUACUCGAGGAUUUCGUGUGGAAGAUUUUUAGUCCUGGUAAGAAACUCGGAGGUCUCGUGAUCUUCACUAUAACAUUCGUUAUCAUUGCUUCUGCCAUCUCCUUGCAGCUCUUUUAUGCUGUUCCAAAUCUUGAAUAUUUUCACACCUUUCCUCGGGCAUUUAUGUCGAUGUUCCAAAUCAUAACUCAAGAAGGAUGGACCGAUUUUGUGGUUGAAGUGCUCCGAGCCACAGAUGACAAACUUGUGCCUUUCGUUGCUGUCUACUUCGUUGCAUAUCAUCUUUUCGUUACUUUGGUGGUCGUUAUUUCUCUUUUUAUGACUUUUGUUACGUUAGCACCCAUCAUUAUUUUGAUACUUUAUAUUCAUGAUACCGAAAUAAUCGGAUUUUUCAAUCAAGAAAAAUGCAAAGAAACAGUCGACUCCGAGUUUCCCAUGCCAAAAGUUCGUGAUAGUUUUGCCCAUCAAUUCGCGCUGGAGGGUGUCGACACCGAACUAUACGAUCAAGAUGAAGACCGUCCGAAAACGGUGCUACAGUUGUCUAACACGAAGCGUUUUCACCGAGAUGAGCCGCAUUUUCGACACAUCGGGAGUGUCUCUCUGAAGACAAGCAUAGCAAACCUUCUAGAGUGA